AUGGGUGGAGCAACGGUUCCUGCCAAUGCUGAAAUGCCCGGCUUGGCCGCCAUCGUCAUGGAGGUGCAACUGGAGCAGUGCGGGAACGAGAUCCGUCCGCUGGCGGGUUGCGAGGUGGAUCCUCAGGAUAUUUUGGAAGCAGAGCGGUCCGUGCUGGAGGGUAUGCAGGAGCAUAAACGUCUUCUGAAGCUCCAGGAGGACAGUCGGGCUGCGAAGAGCCUGAUUGAGUUGGAGAGUCACAUCAAAGAAGAGGAAGAGACGUUGGAAGAGAUACAGAAGAACUCAGCCGGGCUCAUUGAUGAGUUGAGUCAACGAAAGAUUGAUGUUCGAAAUGCGGAGACGGAAUUGAGUAAGCUGUGGAAAGAGCUGUCGUCUGUUCUUGAGGCCUUCAAUGAGACCAAGGAGGAUGAUGAGAAGUUGAAAGUGGAGCUUGAAGAAAACAGCCGCCAACUGAAAGAGGCAGGGGGCGGAUCCAUGAUCGACCUGAGAGAUGCCGAUGGCUUUAUUUCCACUCUGGACCACAGCCUGAUGGAUCUGAUUUCUGAUGAAUUUUUGAUGAUCUCUGUUGCUCAAAAGUUGUCGCGUUUUGACCACCGCAGUGUUGAACCUGCUGCGGUUCGCAUGGCGGAUAUCACUCUCCUAGCUGAAGCCGCGAGCUGUUUGAGUGAUGCAGUGCAAGCUCCUGCGGAUUCCUUGGACAAACUCAAGAAAGCUUUGGUCUUGAUCAAUCGGGCCGAUGAAGUCUCUGGGCCAACGCAGCCCAGAAGCUUGGAAUCCAUGCUGCUUCGUGGUUUCCAGUCUUUAGCAUCUUAUGUUCUCCAAGAUGGAGAAGAAGCCAAUGACCUCAAGAGGGCAGAAGCACACUUCAAUGCUGCAUUGAAGGAUAGCUCAUCUUCCCCCCGUGCACGGUUUGGCAAAGCAGUCCUCAGCGCACACCGGGGCGACUGGCAAACAGCCUUAAAAUCCUUUCGUGAGGCUGGAUAUGCUGGAUAUGCUGGAUUCAGUUCAUUGAUUCAACAUGAUUCCGCGGAAUCCUCUGAGGACGUGUUGAUGCGCGCCGCCCCACACAAGCCCACUGACGGAGUACAGGUCGUGGCAUUGCGACAUUUGAGGUUUGCUAUGGCUUCUUGUUUCGUAGGUUUGGGUCGAAUGGAAAAAGCUCAGAAGGCGCUGCUGGGCGUCAUAGAGCUGCACCCGGACCCCGAAGCGCUGUGCGCCCUGUCGCGCCUUGCAACGCGGGACUCCGUGGGCCAUGCAAAGCAAACAAACGGUGAGCCGCCACCUGAAUGGGCGCUGGCCAAAAGCUUUUUGGAGGAGGCAGCAGAAGGCGUGUGCUCCAAGCAGGUUCGUGCCGAGUUGCACUACCAGCAAGGGCGGCUAGCGCAUGUGAAAGGAGACGUGGCAAAAGCGAUGAGAGAAUACGAACAGUCAGUGGAUCUCAUGCCGCAGCACCAGAUUGCCGUGUACACUUUGGCGCAGUGCCUGGUGCACAGAAAACUCUACUCUCGCGCCAUGAAAUUGCUGGAAAAGUCGCCCAAACACAUGAGGCAAGAGCCAGAGGUGUUGAAGCUUCUCAUAACUGCUUAUCUUGCAACCAACGACAACGAGCACAACCACAAGGCACGUGAAGCUUCAGACCGCUUGGUGGCCCUGGUGCCAGAAGAUGUUGAGGCGUUGAGCAUGAAAGCAGAGGCCUACACACGUGUGAAGCCCAAGGACGCCGUCAGCACCUAUGAGCGACUGGCUCAGCUCCUGGAGUCACCGGAGAAUCAAAGCGAGGCGACGCCAGAGAUGUGGAAUAACAUGGGCACCAUCUUCAGCAUCUACGGUGACCCUGCUAUGGCGCAAAGAGCCUAUGAGAAGGGGCUUGAGUUCGUUGAGCAGCAAAUUCUGCACAGCACCGAUCCGCAAGAAAAGAAGGAGUUGGAGGUUUCCCAGAUUUGCUUGAAGUUCAACCGAGCUUUUCUGGCUGAGUCCCAUCCCUCCGGGCCUGAAAUCGCAGAGGCCGUGUCAGAGUACAUAACUAUGCAGGAGGACAAUCCUUGGUUUGCAGAUGCCUCGCUGCGAGUUGGGAAGCAGUGGCAGAGUCUGGGCCGUACGCAACAAGCCUUGCAAUCUUAUCGCAUGGCCAUGAACGACGCUCCAUUCGAGGCCAGAUUGUACAGUGCCGAAGCUUUGCGAGAAGCAGGACAAUACACCAAUGCCUUAAAGUGGGGAGAGCGAGCUUUGGCAGCUGCAGGUGAGAAGGAGGAGCACUAUGCCUACGUUUUUUUGGCGAAUUUGUACUACGAAGCUGCCACUUCCCACAAGACCCCCUCUGCAGCGAAGGACGAGUAUCUUCGAAUGGCGAUGGAGCGCUAUGUCAAGGCCCUGGAUAUAGAUAGUGAUUGUUUUGCAGCGGCCAAUGGCGUGGGCAUGGUCUUUGCACGACGUGGCAAACCAGAGAUCGCACGAAAGGCUUUCCAAUGCGUGAGAGAUCACAAGGCCAUGGAAGACAACCCGUCGAUCUACAUCAACCUGGCCCACACUUACAUCCAGACUCACGGGGUUCGGAGAAGAAAGCGGGUCUUUGGCGACGACGCAGAAAGCGAACCCGAAACUGAAGAACGGAUCGCCAACACAAGGAAGGCCAUCUCCUUGUAUCAAAAGGCAAAGGAAUUGGAUCCAGAUGAUGUUUCAGUGAACUUGCACAUUGCCAAAGCCUUGAACAAUUUAAAAGACUACGAUGAAGCUGCUGCUGUCCUGAGUGAAGCAGCCCACAACUGGCCAUUCGACAUGCUUGUCAAGAUCAAUCAGGCCAAAAACUGGGAAGACUGGGCGAAGCACACUUUGCGCGUCUACCGGGGAUUCCGUGCCAUUCAAAAGCCCGGCUGCCUGGAAAAGGUCGAAGAUGCCAGAGAUUGCUUGACAUCCGCAGUUGCUGCUUGGAAUUUCAUCUCUAACUAUUGGUCAGAGAUGACACACAUCGAAUGUGGGCUCUUGUCUCGGCGGAGUGGUCAUCCCGAAGGGCUGAAGACAUUUAUGUCGAACAUCAAGGAACACAUCGCGAACCUGCAGCAGCUAAUUGAAACGGUCAACGUUAGAGUUCAAGAGUUGGCGCGGCAAAUCCAUCACAACGAUCUCCAGUUAGAAAGGCUGAAUCUUGAGAAGAAGGAGGGAGAAAGAGAAGCCGAGAACAGAGCCAAGAACUCCGAAGCGUUUCGAAGAGAAAAACAUUUGGAAGCUGAAGAUCAAGCAUUACGAUUGAUGGAAAGCGGGAGACACAUCAGGCUGGGCCGCAACUUGGAGGCAGUAAAAGACAAGGCUGCCGCCAAGUCCAGCAACAAGAAGAAGAAAACCGAGGAGAAGCAAGAAACUCCCCAAGAGGCAGAGCAGCCAAUGCAGGUCGUGGAAGGUGGAGAGGACAUUGGCGGUGAUGCUGCCAAUACUAUCUCUGGCAUCUUUGACGAUGAAAUUCCACAUGAUGAUGAGGAAGUCGUAGUGCCUCGAGAGAGAGAAAAGAAGGACAAAAAGAAGAAAAAGGACAAGAAGGACAAAAAGGACAAAAAAGACAAGGAGAAAAAAGACAAGAAGGACAAAAAGAGAAAACAUCGAGAAAAUGAAGAUACAGCAUCUGGAUGA